AUGUUUUCUAAGGGCGGUGAAAUGUGUUUCAGUAGUGAAUUGAAACGUUCUCUGCCUGAUCCGAAAGAUCAUAAAGAUGGCCACUACUCGGUCGUAGGUCCCAGAGUUAUACGUCCAAACUCGGUGUAUCGAGCACUGGUGUCGACUUUUGAUGUACAAUCAACAAUUGCAUUCCGUGUGUCGAUCGUGGCGAAAGAGAAGAUUAUUAAAUCCGACGAGAUCACUUUGAAUGGGAGUGAGUCACGGUUGCUAAGCUUUACGAUCGACAGCAUACCCGAGGAUGAGUACGAGCUGGUUGCGGAAGGUCUUUCCGGUUUGGUGUUCAAAACUAAGGCAAAAUUAGAUUUUGAUAGCAAAUUCUGCUCGGUAUUGAUACAGACCGAUAAGUCGGUCUAUAAGCCGGGCGAUACGGUCCGCUUUCGUGUGUUGGUGCUGGAUCGCUACAUGAAGCCGCUACCGGUGGACAGUGCCAUGAUGGUUUACAUUCGCGAUGGUAAGGGCAAUCGAAUCAAACAGUGGAAUAACGCAACGCUUGGGGAGUGCGGUGUGUUCCAAUCGGAACUCACGCUGAGUACCGAGCCGGUGCUGGGUGCGUGGGACAUUAACGUUGAUGUGCUUGGACUGAAAACGUUCAAAUCGUUCGACGUGGAUGAGUACGUACUUCCCACGUACGAGGUAACCAUAGAGUCACCCGGUUAUACGUUUCUGGAUGAUGACGUACUGAAGGUAGUGGUCAACUCCAAGUACACCUACGGAAAACCGGUAGUUGGCGAGUUAACAUUGUCCGUGAAGCUAGGCUCGUCAAUGUGCUUCAGAGGUGGUUCCAACUUUACUAGCAUUUGUCAGAAGGUGGUGCCGAUCGAUGGCAAGACGGUGGUGGAGUUCAAUCUUAAGGAAAUUCUGUUGAAAAAGGAAUACAUACGGCAGCUUGAGAUCGAGGCGGAAGUGUGUGAAACAUUAACUGGACGCACCCAGAAAGGGUCCACUACCGUGACUUUGCAUGAUGAUCGCUACCAAGUUCGAAUGAUCGAAGAAUCGAAAUAUUUGCCGGGUCUACCAUACACUGCCUGGAUACAGGUGACCAAUCUCGACGGUAGCCCAGUGCAGGAAGGAACGAAGGAUGUGCAGAUAUCGCUACGCAACUACAACACUGAUCUGUUCAAGGAAACCAUUACGCUGGAUGAUAGUGGAAUGGCAAAACUGAACGCAAAGCUAGACGAACUGGACUUUGAAUAUCUGAGCGUUGAGGUUAAGUAUCGGGGAAAGGACUAUUACGUCCAAGGUAUCACGAAGCCCCGGGUCGACGAGGAUGCACUUAUGAGGACCUUGCCGUUGGAGAAACAAACAAUGCCAGGAAAUGAGUUAAAGUUUGAAGUGGCAUGUACGAAACCGAUGCAGUUUGUGGCUUAUACGUUACUAGCGCGCGGGGAGCUCCUGGCAGGAGGGACUGCAGCAGGGUCAGACAAUAAAACUAUCAGUAUUACUAUACCGUCCACCUACUGCAUGGUGCCUUGUGCUAAGCUGCUAGUGCACUACAUCUCUACUACCGGUUACAUGGUUAGCAGUUAUGCGAAAGUUAAAUUUGAAAAAUUGUUCGAAAAUAAGAUUCAGCUGAAUCUUUCAAAGAGCGAGCUAAAGCCAGGAGAACCAUUAGACAUUGGCAUACAGACGGAGCAAGGAUCUUUCGUUGGUUUACUAGCUGUUGAUCAGAGCGUUCUGUUGUUAAAGUCUGGCAACGAUAUUAGUUUUGAGCAGAUCAAGCAAGAGUUCGAAAUGUAUGAUUCACCUCAACACUAUCACGGCUAUUGGAUGAAUAGAAAUACGUCGGAUUGUCAGGCAGUUGAGGCGGUGCUGCUUUCGAAUAGGUUUAUUCCAGAAGAUUUGAUUCCUGAAGGACGGGUAUUUGCCUGCAGCGCUGUAGGAUUUGGUGGAUUUGGAGCGGCGCCAAUGAUGCUAAGAUCUACAAAAAUGGCCAAAAUGGCUGUAAUGGAAUCAGAUACUUUAGUGCAAUCUGCUCAAGAACCGACUGUCCGUGCGAACUUUCCCGAAACAUGGAUUUGGGAGAGUAUUGAAAAUAGCAAAGACAUUCAAAGUAUUCGAAAGAUCGUGCCAGAUACGAUAACGUCCUGGAUCAUUACCGGAUUUUCGCUCAGCAAAAGUCAUGGACUUGGAUUGCUGGACGCUCCCUCGAAAGUAAACGUAUUUAUGCCAUUUUUCCUGUCGAUCGAUUUGCCGUACUCGGUCAAGCUGGGCGAAACCGUACGAAUACCCGUGAUCGUGUUUAACUACAUGGACGAGGACCAACAGGCAGAUGUCGUUUUCUUUAACAAUGAUGGUGAAUUUGAAUUUAUCUCUGAAGACGCUGGUGAUCGUACAGAAAAACACCGUCAGGAAAAGCUGCCAGUAUCACGUGGAAGUGGCAAAACGCUUACCUUCAUGAUCAAACCAACCAAGGUGGGACAUAUAACACUGAAGAUCACUGCCAAGUGUGCGUUGGCAGGAGAUGGCAUCGAAAGGCAACUGCUCGUUGAGCCGGAAGGUUUGCCGCAGUACGUUAACAAGGCACUGCUGGUUGAUUUACGUUCGGUGAAAGACAUCAGCCAGACAUUUGAGGUACAGGUACCGGAGGAUGCCGUUCCCGAUUCGACGAAAGUUGAAGUAUCCGUUAUCGGUGAUGUGUUGGGAUCGUCGAUAGAAAAUCUGGAUUCCUUGAUACGAAUGCCGUACGGAUGUGGCGAGCAGAAUAUGCUCAACUUUGUCCCAUGUAUCGUUGUGCUGGAUUAUUUAAACGCUUGCCGGCGACUGACGGUGGAGAUCGAAAAUAAGGCAAAGAAAUGUAUGGAGGUAGGCUAUCAGCGUGAGCUGACCUACAAGCAUGCGGAUGGGUCGUUCAGUGCGUUUGGUGAGAGUGAUAAGAGCGGUAGCACCUGGUUGACUGCCUUCGUGGCGAAAUCGUUCCAGCAGGCAGCACAGCACAUCACCAUUGAGGAGGACGUCAUUGACAUGGCGCUCGGUUGGCUUAGCAAGGUACAGUCACCCGAUGGAGCAUUUCCCGAGGUUGGUUCGAUUUGUCACAAGGAUAUGCAAGGUGGAGCUGGAUCGGGUAUAGCAUUAACUGCGUACACCGUGGUUGCGUUUUUGGAGAAUGCAAAACUUGGGGAGAAAUUUAAAUCGACAGUUGAUAAAGCAUUGGCGUACAUCAAGGAACACAUCAGCGAACUUGAUGAUGUGUAUGCACACGCGUUGGCGGCAUACGCUCUACAAAUUGCCAAACAUCCUCUCAAAGACGAGGUGUAUGCUAGCCUGAAGUCAAAGGCGAAUAGCGAAGGCGAUAUGCAGUGGUGGACUAAAGCUCUCCCAGAACAGAGUAAAGGCGGCUGCUGCUGGUAUCGUCCAUGCUCGGUGAACGUCGAGAUGAGCGCCUACGGUCUGUUGGCAACGCUCGAAACAUCCACCUCUGGACUGGAAGGUUUACCCAUCAUGAAGUGGCUCGUUUCGCAGCGCAACGACAAAGGUGGUUUCGAGUCGACUCAAGAUACGGUGGUUGGAUUGCAGGCACUUUCCAAAAUGGCCGCUCAGUUGUCCUCUUCCGAAGCGGACAUGUCGAUUAAGGUGACGAUGCCUGGCGGCCCGGAGAAGAUUCUAUCGGUGGACAAGAAUAAUACACUGGUGCUACAGAGGCAUGAGCUUGCUGCAAACACCAAAAAGGUAGACAUGUCGGCAACUGGUAAGGGUUGCUCGUUGUUCCAGCUAUCCUACAAGUACAACAUCAAGGAUGCUGACAACAGUCCUCGAUUUACGCUGAAACCCGAAGCUAGGAAAGGAUCAAUCAAGAGCUGCAUCGAUUUGUCCGUUUCCACCAGUUUCAUCCCGAAGGAGGAUCAAGCAGUCUCAAACAUGGCCGUUAUGGAGGUGGAUAUGCCGAGCGGGUUCAUCAUUGAGAGUGAAGCCCUGAAACAACUGAAGGAGCACGAGUUGGUUAAGAAGGUGGAAACUAAACGAGGCAACACGACGGUGGUACUGUACUUUGACAACGUCGGCGAGGACAUCAUAAAGCUGAGCAUGUCUGCGUUCCAGAAGCACGAAGUAAAGAACGCGAAGCCGGCAAAUGUGAUCAUAUAUGAUUAUUAUGACAAUACUCGCUGUGCUCGAUCGUUCUACGAGAUCGCUGUUUGA